AUGGCAGCGCUGGUUGCAGGGUCCAAGCGGCGCGCCCUGCCUGCCUCCUUGUCCGAGACACUUCCGACUUCCGGCACCGACGCUCAUCUCGGGCCCGACCGACGGCUGCGUUCCACGUGCCCCGACCCGCCGCUGGACCUGAGCCUCGGUCUGGCCGCUUUGGCUCCCCACGCUCCGAGCUGCCUGCAGUGGCCCCCUUUCCGUCCCGCUCCUCGCGCCAUAUCCACUCGCCCGCGACUCUCCGCUCCGCCUCGUCACGACCAACGCAAGCAACGCCGUCAAACGAUCCAGCACGUCUCGAGCAUCUACAGGUCGAACUCGCUCGUCCCUCUCUCCCCUGCGCACCACCACCACCGACUGGCUCAUCUCCAUCACCUCGGGGCGUGGCUCGUCGACCGAGUUUCGCCCGCCGAGCCGGCCUCUCAAUCUUCUGACGCGCACAUCAAGUCCCUCUCUGCCUUUCAUCUUUCAUUCGAGGUCGGCUCACCAAAGGCACUGAUCGCACGACAUGCCGGGACUCCGCAACAUGGUCGACCUCACGACCCGGACCUCUGCAGCAGCCGGUGGGGCCCAGGAGUCGUCGGUGCACACGGCAGCGGGCGUAUCGAUCGAGACGGUGUCGAUCCUGCUCAUCGUGGUGCCGACGGUGCUCGUCGUGCUGGGCCUAUGCUGGGUCCUGUAUCGCUUCGGCGACUCAUCGAUGCCCGACUCGGACCACGACGGCGAAGAGACGCGUUCAGAUCACCACGACGACGAGGAGGGGGAAGAGGAAGAGACGACGGAAAAGUCGGGCCUACUCUCGUCGUCGUCCUCGCCAGACGCGCCGCUGCACUCAAACUCAAACGCUACGACCGGUCAGUGGCGAGCCACGUCCGGCUUCUCAUCCACCUCGAGGGGUACCACCACCACCACCGUUCCAUCGUCGUCGUCGUCAAAACGAUCACAGGCCAAGUCCGGCUCGACGUCCGGCUCCAUGCCAAUGUCAGCCAGCGAGAGGGAGAGGGAGAGGGAGCGUUGCAAGAUCGUCGGGAGCAAGGCGGCGCGCGCCGAGGCGCUGGCGCGCGAAAGGCUGCGGCAGGUCAGCAUUGA